AUGUCCUCCCCCGUAUCUACUAUCCUCGAAGGCCUUGCUGCCGCCGGAAAGUCCUUUGAGGGCAAUGAAGCCGGCUCGAGAGAAGCCCUGAUUGACCUCGGGCGUGCACUGGUGACGCAGCUCGAGAUUCCCUCCGAGUUCCUGCAGCGCACCUUCUGGGCAGAGCCCGCGCAGUCCGCCAUCAUCCGCAUGGCCGUCGACACGCAGCUCUUCCAACAUAUCAAGGAAGCCGGCGACGCAGGCAUCACCAGCGCCGCACUCUCCUCCAAGACGAGCAUCGAUGUCGUCCUCCUCGAGCGUCUCGCCCGGCACCUCGUCGCCAUGAACCUCCUCUCCUUCAAAGACGGCGCCUUCCACGCAACCAGACUCUCCAACGGCCUCGCCGAAGAGAACUACCAGCACAGCAUCAGCUUCUGCUACGACACCGCCAGACCCUCCUUCAACAACUUCCCAACCCACUUCCAGCAGCGCGCCUACAAGUCCCCCGUGCUUGGAUCCCUCGACGGCCCCUUCCAACAAGCCCACAACACCCCCCUCCCCUUCUUCGAAUGGCUCGUCGCAAACCCGCCCAACCUACAACACUUCGACUCCUUCAUGAGCGCCUACCGCGCCGGAAAAGCAAACUGGUACGACCCGGGCUUCUACCCCGUCGCCGAACGCCUAAUCGAGGGCUUCGACUCUACAUCUUCAGAUGUACUCCUUGUAGAUGUCGGCGGCGGACGCGGCCAUGACGUCUCCUCCUUCACAUCCCAACACCCAACCCACCCAGGCCGAGUAAUCCUACAAGACCGCGAGCCCGUGAUCGCAGGCGUUCUCGAAUCCACAGACUCCACCUCGCUUCCCUUCGAAGCACAAGCCCACGACUUCUUCACCCCGCAGCCCGUCCGCGGCGCGCGGGCCUACAGUCUCCACUCGAUCCUGCACGACUGGAGCGACGAAGACGGGGUAAAGAUCCUGCAGAAUCUGGUCCCCGCGCUGCAGAAGGGAUACUCGCGUGUGCUGCUGAAUGAGAUUGUAGUCAGUGAGGAGCGGCCGACGCUGGCGGCGACAAAUAUGGAUUUGAUGAUGCUGGCGCAUUUUGCGGUGCGCGAGAGGACGGAAAAGGAGUGGAGGGAGAUUCUGGGACUGGCUGGGCUGCGUGUUGUCAGGGUUUAUACGUAUCCUGGGGUUGCGGAGAGUUUGAUUGAGGCUGAGCUGGCUUGA